GAUCGAGUGAUAACUUAUCACUGAUAAGAUGCUAUUUUCACUCUGAUUCAUUUUCAAUCGUUAGGUUAGUAACUGAACAAUAGUACGAUAUCGUUAAUAAUAUUUUAAAUAAUAAGCUAAUUACAAUGGAUUAAUAGAUAAAAUGACAAAAAAAAUUACUGGGUGUAAUUAUCACACACCCCUAACAUAAUAUCAGCUGAUGACACAGAAUUUUUAAACUACAAGUUGCGUGUUUCAACUUUUCAUCGUCAAGUUUUUUUAAAUCUGUUGUAUUAAUUUUCAAUAUUUGUCUGUCAUCUUCAAGACUUUUUAUUUGUUUGUUGUGACCAGUUUAGUGAUUAAUUCAGAUGAGUAUUCCUGACAUAUCGGCUCCACGGGUACCUCGAGUAUCUGAAGCUGAUCCCAUAUUUUCACAUGGCAGCCAGGGGAGUAAUGAACGACUACCUUUGUUUGGUGAUAGCACGAGUCAAAAGGACAGGAUCAUUUCAAUUGGAUUAUCAGCAGCCUGUGUAUUAUUGAUUAUCGUGCUAACUGGUACAUUGUUUUUCAAGCUUAGUUUCAUCAAUACAGCUGCCUUGUUAAUUGUCUUCUCUAUCACUGGAUCUCAUGCUGUCUUGAUUUACUGGUAUAGAUUAGGCGACUUAGACCCUAAAUUUAGACUUCUUUUGAUAUGGAAUUCAAUCAACAUCGUCGUCUUGUGUAUAACUAUGCUGUUAUAUUACCAUAAUUCUUAGUUUGACCAAAUCCUUGUAACGAUUGCCUUCAAUAUUGUGAAUCGUCGUUUACAGCCUCAACUUAAUUUCACUUAUCCAUAAAUUUUCGAAACUCGCUUGUGCUAUUGGAUAUAAGUUCAAAAUGAAAGUUGUGUAACAAUAUUAGAGUUGCAGCGCUACUGAGACAAAAGAUUACUAUUCGUUUUGUAAAUAAUUUUAAAUCCUUUUUGGUCAUUGUUAAAUCGAAGGGAAUUGAAAGAGCUUCUUGGUCUGCAGAAAUCAUAUAAUCUGUACUAACGCGAAUUGGAUGAUAAACAAAUUAUACCAAAUCAUUAUUUUCUUUAAGUUCUUUAUUAUAAAGGAAAGAAACAUUUCCAUGAAUAAAUCCAGUUAUUUUGAUAUAUUAAAUAUCAAUCUUUCAUGUAUAAAUCAGCAAUCGCUCAAGUUAAUUUAAUUUUUAUCAUUAAAAGUCUAUUUAUGUGGU